CAAUUCGAAUGGAAUUAUUAUAAAUAUACAAACUCACUGUUGCAUUAACUUAUUGUGGAAAUAAAUUUCAACCGAGCCAGUCGAUUGUAGAAACAGUGUGGUUGACGAUAUAUUCACUAUACAGAAAGCAAAUAAAAUGGGCGACGGACAAUCACAACACAGACAUCACGGUCAUCAUCCUCAUCAUGGCCCUCAUCACCAUGGGCAGCAUGGACAUCACGGUCCACAUCACCAUGGUUCUCAUCAUGGCCCACAUCAUCAUGUUCCACAUCGUCAUAGUCCACAACAUCAUGGUCCACAUCAUCAUGGCCCUCCUCAUCAUGGUCCUCCUAAUCAUGGUCCACAUCAUCAUGGUCCACAUCAUCAUGGUCCCCAUCACCAUGGAUCACCGCAUCAUGGACCAGUAAUGCCGCAACAAGGAUCGAUAGUGAUUACUCAUACUCAGGCAUCAAUAUUGCCUCAUCAAAGUGGUGGCUAUCCACAUCCGCGGUAGAUUGUUGGGACUUGUUGCACACCCACAUACGAUUUGAAAGAAUUUGUGUGAGAACAAUGGAGAAAUUUAAAUGAAAAAUGUUUUUGUGAAGUGUUUGACCAUAAUAAAUCUAUUUAGACCGGAA